AAAUAUUUAAUAAAGAAUUCAGUGAAUUCAUGUUGCCGUUGGAGAAAGAAAAAUUGGAUUUAAAUCUCACGUAAUCAGUAAUCCCCUAGUCACUAUCAAAUCAAAGAUCUAGGUUCACGACAAAACGUAUUGUAUCCGUCACAUGUUUAUACUGACGACGAGUGUUGACAUUAGAAUGACGACACGUGCACCAUGCCAUCAAUAACAACAAGAAGCUUUCCUUAUAUCGACUAUCACAACAAAAAAUCACAAUCUAAGUUUAACGUCUUUGAAUAAACAGAAGAAGUUACUUAUUACUUGCGUGGUUAAAGUUUUAACAGUUAUAAGAAUAAAACUCUUAGAUUGGUGUGUCUGUCACACAAAGUAAAUAUGGCUGUGGUGUCAGCUAAUCAUGAUAAAGAAUCUUUCUUGGACGAGUACACUCCAUUAUGUGAAGAAAAGAAAAAAUCAAAAAUGGAACAGAUCAGACUGCGUUGUUUCUCAGAGUUAACAAAUAAUCCUGUUUCCAAAUUUCGUCGUCGCAAUCACGCUGGCACGAAAAAAGAAAAACGAAAAAGUAUGCUACAUGAGGCCAAAAAUGUAUCCGAUAGUUCAUUAGAGUAUGAUAACCACACCGAGAGACGCGAUAGUGGGUACUUUUCAAUUGAGCCAGAGGGAGAAAAAAUAUUUUUCAUUUCUGAAGACGGAAACUGCAUCAGUACCAGCACAACUGAUAUGGAACCAAUCAUUGCCGAUGAGAAAGAUAGUUUAAAUCAGACACCGAACAAAAAAGCAUCGAGUUUUGUUAAACAGCGUACGAAAUUUCUUUUAUAUAAACACAAUAUGAAAUUUACGGUACCGAAAUCUAAAGAAAGUAAAAAGACACCUCAAAAAGAGAAAGAAAAAUGUCCAGAAAACGAAGACAUGAAAACACGAUCGAAAAAGUUGUCUUGGAAAAAAGCGAAAAAACAAGCGACAAAUAUCGUUCGAUUUAUUCGUCGCGAUGGCAAGAAAGACGAUGAAGUGUCUCUUAUUAACUCCGAAGAAAACAACAAUUCUAAAUCGUCACUUAUUACAUCAACUAUAAGAGACCAAAGUUCUAUUAAAAAUAGAAAAAAUUUGAACGAUUCAACUAUAGAAAAUAAUUUAGAAGAUACCGAGGAUGACGAUGACUAUAUUAUACCUAUCAGGAGGCAGGAAUUCAAAAGAAGUAGACCAGUUUCACGGCGCCGACCAAGAUCGUUAUUUAGUCAUUCUUACCUCCCAAAAAUGACAGCAGAAACGAGUUUGGAAGACGGCAAUGUCGACUUUGUUGAGAAGUAUUUAAACAGAAGCAAAUCCUUAGAUGAUAUUUUAGACUCGAAUCAUUUACACAAUACUGAGAACCAGUCUAUAUUUUAUGACUUGGAUCAUUCAACGUCUAUGUAUGAUAUUACGGAUGAUUUGUUUGAACAGUCGAGCAAAGAACGUGUAAUUGAAGAAGAGAAUGAGGAAUUUACGGGUAAGAGACUUGAACGCAUUAUUGAAGAAGAAGUUGAUAAUUAUAUUUUGACUGGUCAAUCAAGUAAAAAUGAGACAAAUAGCCUCGCUAACAUCAGACGUUCAGGCACCUUGUCUUACAGUGUGAAUAACUUAUACGAUUUAAUCAAUAGUGAAAGUUUGUUUAGUGUAGAUAGUACUUACGAUACAUUGGUUGUGUAAUGUUAGCAGUUCUGUUUAUUUAUUAAUCUACAUUUCCACAAGGCCAAAGAUAUGUUGCGUACGAUAUCGGUACAACACAAUAUUCUGCCAUCAUUGAAAAUGCAAGUCUGUGGUUUGUUGUAUUUAUGUUACAUACAAAAAUAGAAUUUAUUAUGAAAAUAAAUAAAUAAUAAAGUAUA